UGCUGAUUGUUUCAUAAGCGAUUGGGCGGCUUACUGGCGAACAACUCGGCGUGUGUGCGAGCGACAGAGAGUGAGCGCGUACAACAUUAUUCUCACAUAAAAGUGUCAAAAUAACAAAAAAAAAAACGAAUUAACAAUUACCAUAAAAUUAAUUGAAAUAAAAAAAAAUUGCAGAAAAUUAACGGAAAACACACACAGCGUACAAGCAAUAAAAAUAGUGAACAAGUGCGGGAAAUUACUUGCGAGGAAAAAAAUACACGUCAGGAAUUUAUUUAGUCCGCCAUUGUGAGACGACGACGACAUAAACUUCAACUUUUUAUGAGGGAAAAGUUUGAAAGUGCAAAAAAGUGUAAAAAAAAUCUUUGGAAAACAAAUCUUUUGCAGCAAAUUCGCAACGAAAAAAAGUUUCCGAGUGAAAAAUAUUCAAUUAAAAGAGAAAUAAAGAGAGAAAAGUGCGAUGUUUGCACAUUGACACACAUAUACACACGUAAAAAGUUAUCAUUCAUUAUCAAUCAGAGUCGUACAAACAAAUUGGAGAGGAAAUAAUAAAAUAACAAGUAAUCAUCAAAUAGCCGAGAAUUUUCUCUAGAGCAACUUUAGAGUCAUCCAUGUCAAUCAAUCCUGUAAUCCAGCAACAACUGCUUCAAAAAGUAACCUGGAGUGCUUUCCAAACAACAAAAUAACAACAAAUCUAUGCCAAAAAAAACGACCAAAGUUCUAAUCAAACAAUCAUCUUAAUGAAAUAAAUAAAAAAUAGCAAAUAAUGGCAUUUACAGCAAAUAAAUAUUGCGCAUAUUGGUUUCUCAUGCAUUGAAAAAAGUACACAAAGCUCAUAUUUACAUGUGAUGCGAUGUAAAAUGCGAUAGUGUUUAGUAAAAAAAAAACAAGUGAAAUAACACAAAAUAACGACAAACAAAAUGGGACCCACUUCUUGUGGUCCCGGACCAUCGUUAGGCGUUGGCUGGACAUUCAUUUUUAUCAUCUGGACAAUUAUUCUGUCAAUUGUUACGGAAACACAUUUAGUGCAUGCGGAAAAGAGCAAAACAUUUUACAUGCAACAAUUGUGCAAAAAUCACUUUCUCACACAGAUUUAUAGGAAAAUCGAUGGAGCUGUUUUGUGGUCACAGAACGAACGGACACUCGAUUGCGUCGUGACAUUUCAAACGCACUCCAUCCUACAAAGAUUUAUGCUGCGAUUUGAUACGCUGCAGCUAGAUUGUAAUGACCAUCUGUACAUAUUUGAUGGUGCGCAUGCAGUAGGAACACACAAGUACGAUCUCUCGUGUAAGAAUACGAAGCAAAGUAUAGGUGCAAUAUUUACUCGAACCAAUUUUCUCACCCUGAAGUAUGUGACGGACGCAUGGGGUACAGAUGCAAAUGGUUUCAAAAUGGUGAUAACAGCUGUGAAGGAUCCAAAACACGCGUGCAAAGACUUUAGAUGUGCACAGAAAGAAUACUGCAUAAGUCCGGAUUUGCUUUGUGACCAAGUCAAUCAUUGUUCCGAUGGAUCUGACGAGGGAUUGGCAGCUAACUGCAAAAGUCCCGAGACAGAUUUGUUUGCCGGCGAGAUUCCGUGGGUGAUCCUAAUUGCAGUUAGUAGUUUAUUAGUGAUAAGUGCUUGUAUUGUCGGCUUAGCGAUAUGUAUUUGUCGUAGAAAUACAUCUAGAAAUCCACCGCAACAAUCAGUUCAGUUCCAUCAAACAAUUGAAUCGAACGGUUCGUCGAAGAACUUACAUGGAACUCUACCCCGCGGCAUGACACAAUUGCCGUCGGGAAACUUGCAUCGCCCUGCGGGACUAUUAGGGUACCCCCGCAUACUACGCAAAUUGAUGGUCAAAGUCCGUCCCAUCUGGUGCCUGGCAAAAUAAGGCAAAUGGGUCCGGAUGUCUCGCAACAAGCCACUCAAAAAGAGGAAUGGUUUGUCUAAAGUCAUCGACAUUUUUUGUUGUUUUGUGGUGCGUCUAGUUUUUUUUUUUGGACGGCUUUGUGUUGAAGGAAAAAAAAAUUAACAAAGAAGAAGAAAGGACGAGACUAGCACAAAUACACAAAAAAAUAAUUAAAAAGGACUAAAUAAGCUUUAAAUUCAGGCAACCAACCAUCAGAACAGGAAUAAUUAACGAGAAAUCUACGUUAAUGAAACUUGAAGCAUAAUGACCAUCAACCACGCAGGGUGUAUUAAAGACGGGGGUUUUGUACCCAAAUCCCUCUGUAAAUAACUUAUAAUAAUAAAAAUACUGUAUAAGCAACUCUCAACUUUGUCUAACGAAAAA